AUCAGCAAUCGACGGCGAGUGAGAGCCAAGAAGGUCCACAACACCGUGCACGAAAAUAGAAGUGAAAUCUGCCUGCAGAAUAUAGUUUUGGUUCAUAUAAAGGUUUCCAAAUCUCCUGUUCAGUACCCCUCAGUUCGGCUCCGUGUGUCCGCUGCCUGAACAGCACCAUGUUUAUCCCUUCAGAUAACUCGCCGCCCUCCUUGAGAGAUUUCACCCUCGUCAUGCCAGCCGUGGCUGUUGGUAAUGUGGGUCAGCUGGCGGUGGACCUCAUUGUGUCCACUCUCAACAUGAAUCGAGUGGGCUUCAUACACACAGACUGUCUCAUCCCGAUGGCCGGGAACAAUCCGUACGCCACCUGCAAAGAGGAUGCCGAGGAGCUGCACACCCCCGCAGAAGUUUAUACAGCACCAGAACUGAAGCUGGCAGUACUUCAGAUCAGAGCGCCAAUUAUUCAGACAAAAUCCAAAAAGUUCCGUCAGCUGAUUGUGUCUUGGAUCAAAGCCAGCGGGUUCUCCAGGACUGUAGUUCUGUCCAGCAGCCACGCCUACCAGAGGGAUGACCGACAGUUGGAAGGCACUCCUUUGAGGUACCUGGUCACUCCGUCCCUGCUGAAGGUGAGUGCAGACGCUCUGAAGGAGCUGGGCUGGAGGGAGAUGGAGCGAGUGCCGGCCUUCCGGGGACUGACAGAUGCCGACACAGAGCCACGCCUCUGCAUCCCCGGCGGAGGCAUCACCAAAGGACUCUACACGGACAGUUGUUCCGAGGAUCUUCCGCUGGCUGUGCUGCUGCUCUUCUGUUCAGAGGGCGACAACAUCCCAGACGCCUUCGCCCUCGUCAACCACCUGAACAACUGGCUCCAUCUGCUGGACAACCCUAGCCAAGAGCCCAACAAAUGGAAGAUCCCAACCUCCUGGAGUCUCCUUUUUGGCAGCGGCAUCCCUCCUGCACUGUUCUGAUACAACAGAUAUUUUGUUUUUGCUAUUUUUAUCUUCUAAUUAGCUCAGACCUUAGUCAACUCUUGGCUGGGGUCACAUGUGCCUAGUGAGGAGUUUUUUGUGUCUGAUAAUACUGGUGAUUGUCUGCUAUAAAACAACAAAUUAUACCGAGUUUACCGGGUCUGGACUGAUAACUUGGUAACCCCAUAUGAACCUUCCCAUGCUUGGAAAUUUAUCUGAGUUCCAUUUAUUUUGAUGAUAAUCUUUACAUGUAAAAAACAUUACAUUUUAUAAAGGACAUGACCCAAAUGUGCACUUCUGGAAUACUGUUUCCUAGUAUUUAAGAAUUUGAAUGUGUUUUGCAAUAAAAUAUUAUCACAAGAAUCCAGUGUUAAUUUAUCUAAAACAAUAAACUUUGUUUGUGUUCCUCUCACUGGACCUCACCUCCGCCCACUUAGCUGAAAGUGGUUGGCCAGGUGCCGUAUUGUAUUCCUGGCAGCCCCACCUCUCUGUAAUUUGAUUCCUCUCUACAUGUUACAACGGCUUACAUAGUGGUGACAACAAGACAGUAGUCUGAUUCAUACUUUGACCUUGUAGAGCCAUUUUGCCAAGUUUGUGGUUUUCCUUUUCCUUCUGCAUCAUUGUUCUGAGAGGUUUCUGUGUAGACGGCCUGUGGGAAAGGAAUGCU